GUCCGUGGCUAAGCUCGGGCAAGAUGGCGGCUCGCUGCUCCUCGCGUUGGUUGUCGCUCGCCGUGUCUGGAGCCAGGGGACAGCUGCUCUCAGGGGCUCAGCGAUGGCACCGGGCUGAGGGGGCGCUGUGGGUGGCCCUGCGAGGAGCUGACCGGGCCCAUGCACUGGGCACCUCCCAAUUCCAUACCAGUUCAUUCUCUUACAACAAAGCUGAUUUUUACCAGAUUCUGGGAGUCCCUAGGAAUGCCAGCCAAAAGGACAUAAAGAAGGCUUAUUACCAGCUAGCCAAAAAAUACCAUCCAGACACCAACAAGGAAGACCCUCAGGCUAAGGAGAAAUUCUCACAAUUAGCAGAAGCGUAUGAGGUUUUAAGUGACGAAGUUAAACGCAAGCAGUAUGACACCUAUGGUACUGCUGACUUUGCUGCUGGGGCAGGUGGAGGGGGACAACAUUUUUGGAAAGGCGGUCCCAGUGUGGAUCCAGAAGAACUCUUUCGUAAGAUCUUUGGAGAGUUUUCUGGUGGGUCACCUUUUGGAGACUUCAAUUCAAUAUUUGAGCAGCCGCAGGAGUACAUCAUGGAUCUAACAUUCAUUCAAGCAGCAAAGGGAGUGAACAAGGACAUCUCUGUAAAUAUCACAGACACGUGUCAGAGGUGUGACGGUAAAGGCAACGAACCAGGAACUAAAUUGCAGCAUUGUCACUACUGCAAUGGCACUGGCAUGGAGACUAUUAACACAGGCCCGUUCGUUAUGCGGUCGACAUGCCGGCGCUGUGGUGGGAGGGGAUCCGUGAUGACUAACCCUUGCCUGUCUUGUAGAGGAACCGGUCAAACCAAGCAGAGGAAGUCUAUAACGGUUCCUGUCCCUGCAGGUGUGGAAGAUGGGCAGACAGUGCGAAUGCCAGUGGGAAAGAAAGAAAUAUUUAUAACUUUUCGAGUUCAGAAAAGCCCCAUCUUUAGACGAGACGGGGCAGAUAUCCACUCAGACCUGUUUGUGUCAAUCGCUCAAGCAGUCUUGGGAGGCACGGCCCGUGCGCAAGGACUUUACGACCCAAUCAAUGUUGCUAUACCAGCUGGCACACAAGCAGAUCAGAGGAUUCGAAUAGGCGGCAAAGGAAUUCCAAGAAUGAAUAGCUAUGGUUAUGGAGAUCACUACAUCCACAUAAAGAUCCGUAUCCCAAAGCAGUUAACUGACCGUCAGCGGGUACUAAUGGCAAGCUUUGCUGAGGAUGAAACAGAAGUGGAGGGCACAGUGAAUGGGAUCACAAAUACAUCAACAGGCAGAGCCCAGCACAGACCUGCAGCUGGGGAAGAGAGUCCUGAGGCUGAGCAGGCAGGGCAGAACAAGGAGGGAUUCCUAAGCAAACUAAAGAGAAUGUUUAGCUCCUGAAAUCCUGGUGAGGAAAGAGAUCAACCAGCAACUAGGCUAGAAGCAAAACUAGAGCAAUUCCUUUGAACUAUUAAGUUGUACGUAUCUAGUGAUCCUGUGAUCUUCAACACGCCAAGCAGGAUCCGCCAGUUCCAUGUCCAUAUAUUAACACAGCAGACACCAUGAUAUUCAUAACAGCCAGGUUUUGGGCUCUAAAAUUGAAGUACUGCCCAUGUUAUUCUAUUAUUGUCCCUUAUGAUCCUUAUGUAUGUUUGUUUUGUUCCGUUUUUUUUUUUGUUUUUUUUUUUUAAAUGUGCAUAUGUCAUGCUUGAAUGGUUCGAUAUGUUUAGGGAAACAUGUAUAUGAUUAUUCUAGUCCCACUCUUAAAGCUAUGUCAGGUAAGCAUUAGGCUUGUUUAUAUAUUGUGCUAGGAAACUGGUAACAAAUAUGUUUAACAUACGUACUUACUUCUACUUGCCUAACCUUGCUUCCUUUUCAACAAAUCGGACCACUGUUUGUGUGUGCAAUUCUGUUACCUUUCAUAAAUCUUAGUACAUCAUAUGACAUUGAUGGAAACAGAUGCAAGAGCAACUACUAUGGCAGACAUAUUUGAUAUUAAUAUCUUCUAUCCAAUAGGCUCUGCACUAACCCUAGAAAUAGUUUUAUAUAUUUGCUAGCACUUUUUCCAGUACAUUGUACAGACAAAUUACAUUUCUUGCAGCGUAUCAGCCUAUCGUACUUUAAGUGAAAAUAACUUUGCCUUUUUAAACGUAGAGUACCAUCUAAUAUUUUAUACCAUAAAUUAUGGUAGAGUACAAUAAAAUAAUUUAAAAUUCCUGUUAAUUUCAAAACAAUUCAAACAGCUGUUGCUACAGCUAAGCAAGUGUUUCGUGGCUGCUUUUCCUGCAGUGGAUUUCAGAGGUUAACGUCUCCUAUUGGAUUUCCUGUCACAAUCCUUUUUUCGGAGGAUCACGAUGGUAUUCAACAUGGUGCUCUGCUGUCAAAAGGCUGUACUGACUGGGCAAGUUUAGGAAAAGGUCAGAUGCCACCAAAAUAUAGAAAUCCUUACUGCAUCAAUGUGAAUUCUAAAACUAUACCACCUGUUUUGGAGGUGGAGAGGUGUUUUUUUUGUUUUGAAAGGUGAUUUUCCAUUUUUCUUUCAAACGUUAUCUUUUUUUAGUAUUAGGAUUUGAAGCAUUACAAGAGGUGUGCAAUACGUAUGCAUUGAAAAAGUUAAAUUUAAAGGAAUAAAAGGUUUAAAAACAUGUUUAAAAAUAAGAAUAUGUAAUUGGGAUACCCAACAUGUAGAUCACCUGUUGUAGCACGUCCGUUCCCAUAAUACUUUGCAAGCCUAAAGCUAGUUGUAGUUGAACAGUUAGUGGACCUGUCUUGUCUGGUCAUCCCUGAUACGUACAUGAAGCAAAUUCUGCUUAUCAAACCUCUUUUAGAAGCAGUAUUGGGAUAUUGAUCUUCUCUGCCUUCUGCAGGGAUUUUGUGAGACAACGUUGAGAAAUACAGAGAUCAUCAUAGUUAUGAAGUAAACAACUGAGUUGCAGUUAAUUUAUCAUUGUGAAUUUCUGUAUUCGACUUCACCACAGCUUUCCUGAUCUAGCAAAUGUUCCAGCCAUUCGGACACUGGUGGCAUCUUCUGUUGAUAUCGAUCUCCAAUGUUCAGUUACACUAGUUUCACUUUAAAUCUUAGCCAUUAUAUCAAUCAGAAGGGGUUUUAAUGGCAGUACUGGGUCUUCAAGCAACCCGAUUAAUAGUGAGUUAAGCUGAGUAACACAGGGUUUUAUGCUGCCUAUAAUUUAAGGUGAAACCUUGGGAUUAUAAAUUACUGGAUCCUAAUUGCCCCACAGCUCAACUGGAACUCUACAGACUGCUUCUAGAAAAAGGGGAAAAAGCCUCUUAAAGCUUGAGUGCUUCUCCUUCCCGCACUACAUAGCUGUUCACAAAUGAAAACCGAGUAUUGACACUUAUUGUGUAGAAUUCUGUAUACAUUCUUUAAUUGCAUCCUAGCUUCAGCUUUCUUGAUUCCCCUGACCUUUGCCAUUCAAACAUUGAAGGACUCAGCAAAUUAUUAAAUGUCUAAACUUCAAUAUAAUAAAUUACUAAACUACUAUCUUACAUACGCCACCUUAGAAAGAGUUAUAAAUAAGCUUUAAAAUGUAAAAGGAGGCCUCUUUUGGGUUGGAGAUUCAUGACGCAGAUUUAAGAUUAGAUUAUGUUAAAUAAGAGAAUUGUUAACUCUUGUAAUUAAAUAGCAUUUUUCCCGUAGCACUCAAUGGGAGAGUUGGUAUUCUGUUAUAGAAAGUACUGCUUUCUCAUAUAACCAUAUCUAUUCAUUGCUUGGACCCAGUAGUGCUCAAUCCAAGAGCACCCAAAUUAUGUUAAGUGCCUGUUAAUCAUAAUUCAAACCAAAUUAAAGACCGAUAACCUAUAGGAGGACUGUGUAAUGCACUUUAGAGCAGAAUGGCCAAUCGGUAGACCCACAACUAGUUUAGAAUUGAAUCUCCCAUGAUGCUUUCAGCCACCUCUGCCUAGAAAGCCACUAAAAUGUAAUAAUUUAAAGUUGCCCUUGUUCGCUUUGUCAUCUGAUGAUUUUUAGCUCUCUACAAUUAAUAGUAGAAUUGGAAUAAAUAUCAGACAUCUUGAGGGUAUGUUUUGCUAGAUUGCUAAAAUAUUAAUUUGUCACCAGAGUAUUUGAUUUUUUUAAUUGUACAAUUUUUUGUCUGCCUCAGUUCUAGAAAGCCUCAACGCUGACCAUUUUAGGAUUUAGCCAACAUAUAAUUAACUUUGUGUAUCACUAAGCAGUGUGUUGGUUAUAACCCUGUCAUCGCAGCGUGGUUCUAAGGAAGGGCAUAUGUAAUGCUGUUGUAGAUUGUGAAAAAUAAAAUGCUGCUUUAUGGACUGUUUCGAAAUCCAAUUAAAAACAUUCACCAUUC